GACGUCAUACGACUUGACACUAGUGCGACCAACCCUAGGAGAGAUAGUCCCGAAUUCUGCUGCCCCGGACAAUAUCAACGGAUAUUCGCUGGGGUAAACGAAUAAAAUGAUUCCUGUUAUGCGAGCGUGGGUGUUCACCCUGGCAUGUGUCCUUGUCUCUGUCUGUGCACAAAUCUAUCCAGGUCCACCACCAGGAGCGUUGCGAGGUCCACCACCAGGUGCUUUGCGAGGUCCUUUCCAUCCCCCCCGGGCUGGUUUGAUCAACCGGCCGCCUGUCCCCAAUCCGGCCGGCAUGCAGUUUAUGCGGAAGAUGGCUGUCUCCCAGGCAGUGCUAUCAAGUGACUACACCAAGAGAAUGGCAGCUAUCGACGCCAUUCAGAACGUUCCUUGUGUAGGUCGAAGCCCAGUAUUGAAGUACCUUCUUAUGGACUCCUUGGACAUGAAGCCACUGCCGAUACCUGGAUCACCUCUAACUCAAAUGAACCCUGCGACACGAUUAUUGAUCCUCUCGGACCAGGGUAGGAGGCUGGAGGCUGGGAAACUCCUCCAAAGCCGCUGUGUGCAGACUAAUGAACGCCUUGGAGCUCUGGUGUCCGACAUAGCUGACAUUCCGCUUGCAGCAAGCGCUCUCGUCGGCAAAUAGAAGUAACUGAAACUACUCGGAGGCAAUGACAACGGUAUACAUCAUUCAUUUUACGGAUGACGCGUGGUCGAAAGAUAUAUGUCAGUGGGGUUUGCAACACAAAAUGGAUGAAUCGGAAUUAUUUAAAGCUAAGCAAAUUAAUAAUGUUCAGUUUAAAAUGAUCACAUCAUAAAGUCCGUGUUGUUCUUGUGUACUGGCUUAUACUCACCAAAUAAAGGGUUAAUUUAUACAGUA